AUGGCUUAUAAUAGGCCCUACAACCCGGAUGAGCUACCCAGAUUUGCGGAGCCCGAACAAAAAGGAAACCCCCGGUCUCCAGCCUCAGCCCAACCGCAAUCUUCAAGAUACGAAAACAAGCCUCCUCCACCGCGUCCAGCCGAGCACAGGGGCUCUGGUGACCCGUACAGUUCCCACCAAGGCCGGCUAUCGCCUAGGCAAACAGCGCCCCCCGAUCGUUUCGGAAUGAGCCCACCUCCGAGUGCCGGGGGCGGCCGUCCCCUCCACCACAACCUCCCUCCCGCCAACUCGCGGCCGCCCCCAAGCCCUGCCCCGCGCGAUAGCACUGCCGACCCUACCUUGCUACCACUCUUCAGAGCUGUGGAUAAGGAUGGCACCGGCCAACUAUCGGAGCGCGAACUCUCGGCAGCCCUCGUCAACGGUGACUGGACGGCCUUCGACCCGCAAACGGUUCGCAUGAUGAUCCGCAUGUUCGACAGCGACCGCAGUGGCACCAUAGGCUUUGAGGAGUUCUGCGGCCUGUGGUCGUUCCUAGCCUCGUGGCGUUCGCUCUUCGACCGCUUCGACGCGGACCGGUCCGGCAACAUCAGCCUAGACGAGUUCAACAACGCCCUCGUCGCGUUCCGUUACCGGUUGAGCGAGCGUUUUGUCGAGAUUCUAUUCCGUACCUAUGACAAGCGCAACGAGGGUGUCAUGAGCUUCGACCUGUUUGUGCAGGCCUGCAUCAGCCUCAAGCGCAUGACAGACGUGUUCAAGCGGUACGACGACGAUCGGGACGGCUACAUCACGUUGAGCUUUGAGGACUUCUUGAUCGAAAUCCUGCGCCAGCUGAGAUAG